UCGAAGAACAAAACAGAAACAUGAAUUCAAGUCAAGAUGUUAUCCUGCAAUUCCCACAUUAUUUUCUUUAAGCGUAUCUACUGCACUGCAGUCAAAUGCAAGCCCGUAGUUAGUCUAGAAGAAUCAACGAAACAGGCUUUAGAUGCCGGUCGAUAUAAACCAAGGCAACACGAAGGCAGACUUACAAGCGGCUGUAUAAGUUUACCUAGUUCGAUUGUGAAUGCUAUACUGAAAAGCUGUACCGACCAUCCUGUGAAAGCAUUGCUGGCCGAAGGUGCUAAGUUGGACAACUUUUUAAGAUCCAGAAAAGUGCCACUGGAAAGAGAUGAACUCAGAAAAAAAAUUAUUGAAUGUAGAAAGUUCGUUGGAGAUGAAUUUCGAGACAGGUUCAAUACAGAAGAGAUGACUGAAGAACAAUUGGCUUAUGCCAAUAAAGUAGUAGAAGCACAAUCGAAAAAACGCGCUAAACAGCAAAUCUACGCCUGGAAACCUUUGGAUUACGACGCAUAUAAAAGCCUCGAAUAUCUAUUGGGUCGUUCACCCGCAGAAUUCUCGGUUUUGAUGCGAAUAUUUGAAGAAAUCAAAAAACGCGAUACAGAGUUCAAACCACGCAGUUUUAUUGAUUUCGGUUCGGGGGUAGGAACGGGCAUCUGGGCUGUAUCUAAUAUUUGGAAGGAAAAUAUUUUCGAGUAUGUUCUAAUUGACGCCGCAUCUGCCAUGAACGAACUAGCAGAAUCGCUUUUACGUGGUGGAGAAAUGAACAAAGCUAUGAACCUCAGAAACGUCUUUUUCAGGCAAUUCCUGCCAGCAUCUCAUAACAAGUUUGAUAUCGUGUUAAGUGCGUUUUCCUUGUUUGAGCUUUCUUCGAAAAAGGCUCGAGCAGAUGUGUUGGAAAACUUAUGGAAUAAAUGUGACGGAUAUCUUGUCCUGGUGGAGCAAGGUUCCUUUGCGGGGUACUUGCUAAUUGAAGAAGCAAGACAAUUUCUUCUCGACAAGAUUGCAGCGAGUGGAAGCGAUUGGCAUAUAUUCUCGCCGUGUCCGCAUCAUCAUCAAUGUCCCAGGUUAAAACUCGCAGAUGGGACGCCUUGUAAUUUUGAAUCGACAUAUAAUAAAUUACCACUGGGCAAUCACAGCGAAGCCAGCAAAUUUCUAUAUUCUUAUGUUGUGUUCAAAAAAGGUCUUACCAAUCAAACUAGGUUUCCACGAUUGGUCAGGCCGACACUAGUUCGAUCAAAACAUUCUAUCUGUCGAAUGUGCACAGAAGAGGGAAAACUGCAGGAGAUCAUAUUCACGGCUACCAAACAUGAGAAGAACCUGUACAGAUGUGCGAGAUCCAGUAAAUGGGGCGAUCUAUUACCUAUCAAAAUAACUUAAGUUAGCUAGCUUGCAAAACAAAACAAGUGUUGGACUCUGUAAUAUGCAUAGAUUGAAAUAUAAAUGAAGUUAAUGUUUGCUUAAAAGAUUA